AUGGCAUAUCGGAAGACUCUCAAACUUGUCUGUGGCCUGGCCGGGGGAUCAGCUUUGGUUGUCGCCGCUGUUACUGCACAAUCACAAGGGUUUUUAGGAGGAGGAAAACGGGGAGAUGGAGACGGGAGCUGGUCCAGAUUCCCCGCGAUCAAAGCUGCGCAGCCGGCGUGGUCACCUGCUAGCCACACGCCUGCUCCCUCCGGACACUUCUGGGAUUUCAAUUGGGAUAAGAGAGACCCAUCUGCGCUGGUCAAUGGAAAGAAGAAGGAAAGCGUGACAGAUGACCCCAGCUCUGAGCAGGAAAAUGGAAAACCCAAAGCCACCCGCAACAUUCUGCUCAUUAGACACUCUCAGUACAACCUGAGCGGCAGCACCGACAAGGAGAGGUUUCUCACUCCUUUAGGCCGUGAACAGGCAGAGUUUACCGGGCAGCGAUUGGCAGCACUGGGACUGAAAUAUGAUGUUCUUAUUCACUCCAGUAUGACGAGAGCAACAGAGACGGCAGGCAUCAUCAGCAAACAUCUCCCAGACGUGGACUUGGUGAGCUGUGAUUUAUUAAGAGAAGGAGCACCUAUUGAGCCAGUUCCCCCGGUCACACACUGGAAACCUGAUGCUGUGCAGUACCAUGAAGAUGGAGCUCGUAUUGAAGCAGCCUUUCGUCGCUACAUCCACCGCGCUGACACCAAGCAGAAAGAGGACAGCUUUGAGAUCAUUGUGUGUCAUGCCAACGUCAUCCGCUAUUUUGUGUGCAGAGCUCUCCAGUUUCCCCCCGAGGGCUGGCUGCGGAUGGGCCUGAACAACGCGAGUAUAACGUGGCUGACCAUUCGUCCCAGUGGAAGAGUGGCUCUGCGGACUCUAGGGGACUCUGGGUUCAUUCCCCCGGACAAACUCACUCGGACCUGA